AUGGACACCCAACGAGCAGUUGGAUUAGCAAAGUUCUUUGGAGUCCCAACACGACGACUUGAUACACCCAUAGGAACAAAGGGUUAUGAUGGAGGAACUGGCUCAACAAUUACCCAUGCCAUUAUUUGUCACUUGCUUAUUGAUGGGCGGCGGUUCUUGAACCAACCUUUUCUGAUUGCUAAUUUGGGACAGCAUGAUGUGAUUGUUGGACGUAAGUGGUUCGACAGUCAGGAUGUGUGGUUGAACGUCAAACACCGGAAGCUGGUAUGGCCAGAGCAGCGAAGCCUCUUGGAUGAAAUCCAGUGCAAACAGUACUUGGUGGCUCCAAAGCAGAUUCUUCAACAUUCCAAGCCUGAUCCCAUCCACCAAGCUGAUAUGGAGCGACGUGAUCGACAAAUUGAGAAGAAGGAACAAAGAGAGCGAUAUCGAGUUCCCCAGAAAGAGGAAUCAGACCGGCGAAUGAAUAUGGCUAAGAUGUCACGUGCUCUCAGGGGCCAGUCACUCCUGACUGACCAAUCAAUGGAAUCAGAGGACCUCUCUAGACCAGUCAUGGCCAACCAGAAAUUACAAAGGGAGACAACAUCUCACCAAGUAGCCCAAAUUGAUAUUGCAGCAAUUGGAGCAGCACCAUUCCAACGACACCUGAAGAAGAAGGACACUGAGGUCUUCAUUGCUAGCCUGUCUGAAAUUGACCGCAUCAUUGAAGAGAAACGCGAGGAGGACCGCCAGAAAGAAGAUCACUAUGAGGAAGAACUAGUACAACAACUACUACCCAAGCAAUAUCAGGAAUAUGCAGAUGUUUUCUCCAAAGCAGCUUCUGAUGAACUGCCUCUUCGACGGGCAAACGAUUACCAAAUUGAACUUGAAGAUGGGAAGACUGCAGAAAGAGAAGUGGGUUAUAGCCCUUUGUACAAGCAAACUGCAGAGGAAUUGGAAGCCGCACGGGACUACAUUGUGGAUAACCUCCAUAAGGGAUUCAUUGGACCCAGUGCCGCACCCUUUUCAUCUCCCAUCUUGAUGGCACGGAAGCCAGGAGGCGGACUGCGAUUCUGUGUUGACUACAGGAAGUUGAAUGCUAUUACCCGAAAGGAUCGAUAUCCCAUUCCACUGGUGAAUGAACUGAUGGAGAGGAUCAGUGGUGCAAAGAUUUUCACAAAACUGGAUAUACGACAAGGAUUUCACCGAAUUCGACUUGACCCAAAGUCAGAGGACCUGACCACCUUCAGAACACGAUAUGGAACGUACAAAUACCAUGUGGUUCCCUUUGGACUCACCAAUGGACCGGCAGCGUUCCAGCGCUUUAUCAAUGAUACUCUCAUGGACUAUUUGGAUGAGUUUGUCACUGCAUUUGUGGAUGACCUACUCAUCUAUUCAAAGGAUGUUGUGGAACAUGAACUUCAUGUCAAGAAAGUUCUUGAACGACUGCGUGCUGCAGGGCUCCAGGCCAGCAUUAAGAAAUGCGAGUUUCAUGUUACUCGGACGAAGUAUCUGGGGUUCAUCCUGACAACAGAUGGCAUUGAAGCAGAUCCAGAGAAGACUGCAGUGAUCCGCAAUUGGGCUGUGCCAACCACUAUUCGAGGUGUGCAAUCGUUCCUUGGGUUCUGCAACUUUUACCGAAGAUUCAUCAAGGACUAUAGCCGUGUUGCAAAGCCACUGAAUCACCUAACAAGAAAGGAUGUGCCUUUCACCUGGAUUGGACAGCAUCAGGAGGCCUUUGAGGAGCUGAAGAGACGCUUAACAGAUGCCCCAAUACUGCGACACUAUCAUCCUGAACUAGAGACGAAGUUGGAAACUGAUGCAUCAGAUGGGGUAGUAGCUGGAGUGCUCUCCCAGAAGCAUGGAGAUCUCUGGCACCCGGUGGCUUACUACUCUAAGAGCAUGUCUGAUGCUGAGCGCAACUAUGAGAUCCAUGACAAGGAGAUGCUAGCCAUCAUCCGUGCACUGCAGGAGUGGCGAACUGAGCUAGAAGGACUGCAACUCCGAGAGCGUUUCAACAUAUAUACUGACCAUCGCGCUCUGGAAUACUUCAUGACUACUAAGAAGUUGAACGCCCGACAAGCCCGGUGGGCUGAGUUCCUUUCCCAGUUUUACUUCCUAAUCUGUUACCGCCCUGGCCGAGAGAAUACUCUGGCUGAUGCCCUAAGCCGACCCAGUACAGAAGUGCAGAGAAAGGAUGAUUAUCGCCAACAGAUUUUAUUGAAACCAGAAUCUGUUGAACAGCCAAUGGAAACUAACCAGAUCAAUGAAUGUGCUGAAGUCCACACUAUCAACGUGCUAGAGCCCACCCUACAAGUUGUAGACCGAGUACUCAGUGCAAACCGGAACUCUACCACAGCAGAGGAACAUCGUGAGGAAGCUCGGACGGGAAGGAAUGAUUGGAAUCUGCAAGAUGGACUACUAUUGAAGGGAAAUCGAUUGUUUGUUCCUGAUGAUGACCCUGAACUCCGCACCCGGCUACUUGAUGAAGUGCAUGCACAGGUAUCAACUGCACAUCCAGGGAGAACAAAAACCCAACAGCUCAUCAGAACACGGUACUACUGGCCAACUUGGAGACAAGAUGUGGAGAGAUAUGUACGGAAUUGCUCAAAAUGCCGGAGAGCUGAGAACCCACGUGAUCGUGCCCCUGGACUGCUCCAACCCUUACCCAUUGCAGAGCGGCCCUGGCAGCACAUAUCUAUGGAUUUUCGCUCCUUCCCAGCUGACAAGAGAGGAUUUGAUGCCGCACUAGUGAUUGUGGAUCGAUUUAGCAAGAGACCUAUAAGCAUUCCUUGCAAGAAGACUGCCACUUCUGAAGAUGUUGCACGAAUGUUCAUUGAGCAUAUUUAUCGCCAUAGAGGACCCCCAUUGACUAUUGUAUCUGACCGUGGACCCCAAUUUGUAUCGGCGUUCUGGAAUGAGUUCUGUCGGAUUCUUGGAGUGAAGCUGAAGCUUUCCACAGCGUAUCAUGCCCAAACUGAUGGGCAAACUGAGAUUGUGAAUCAGCAUAUUGUUAACCGUCUCAGACCCUUCAUCAACCGCCAUCAAGACAAUUGGUCUGAGUUAUUACCCUUGAUUGACUUUGCUGCAGCUACACUGCCUUCAGAAUCAACAGAUGCCUCUCCAUUCCUCAUUGACUGUGGAUAUGAGCCUCGAACUUCAUUUGACUGGACCCCAGUUGGAGAAGACCUCCCCGGGAUGAGAAGGUUAGCCGACGACGGGCGCAGGAAGCUGUCAAAAGAAUGGAGGAGACAUGGACAGCAGUGGGCAAUCAGAUUAAGCAAGCCCAGGAUCGACAGAAGAAGAAAGCAGACCGUCGACGUCGCCCUGUCGAUUUUGAUGUGGGUGAUAAGGUGUGGCUCUCCCUUCGUCAAUAUCAAACAGACCGACCGAACAAGAAGCUUGACAGCCAGAUGGCUGGACCCUUCCCGAUACUUGAACAGGUGGGUAACUCCUACCGGUUAG